AUGAUCUUGUUUGCGAUCAUCUAUGGUUUAAAUGCAGUAGUGGCGUUUGUAGGAAAUCUCUUCGUCUUACUUGUGGUAGCAAUCUACAACCGUUUUCACAAAAAAAGAUACAUUUUGUUGGCCAGCUUAGCACUUUCAGAUUUGCUCUUUGCCAUACUGGUGGUCAGCAAUCGCGCCGCCGCCAAUGCUCUUGAGCAAUGGCCUUUUGGAACCACUUGGUGCCACGGAAACGUGUUUAUUGCCAGACUUCUUAACUUAACUACGAUGUUCCAUCUUUGUGCGAUAUCUCAUGAAAGAUACACUGCCAUCGUCAGGCAGCCAUUAACCUACACUGACAACUUCACCAAGAUGAGAAUAUUUCUCUAUCUAACUUUGUUAUGGUUUUUACCGGCGGCUAUAUCCCAAGGUCCGUUCAUCGGAUGGGGAGACUUUACCUACAACCCAGGAAUAUUCACUUGCGAGCAGCAUUGGGACAGACACACAACUUUUCCUUUGCUGAUAUCUUCUUUUCUUAUUCCACUGAUCUUAAUAAGCUUCCUAAACUACAAGGUUCUCAAAGUCGUCUGUCAGAUUCAAAGCAGUUUCAAAGUUGUAAGUGGCCUAUCCAGCAUAGAAAACAAGACGGCAGAUGAGUUGACCGGGCAGCAAUCAUGCUUCAGUAAUAACCAAUCUCAGAAUCCCAAUCAACAGCACACAAGGAAAUGCAAGAGUCCAGAUGAUACCAAGGGCGAAGGACAUGGGCCUUUGUCUCAAAUACAGAAUGCGACUGUGAAGAGCUUUCUCCCUUCUCAAAUGCAAGAUGAAGAAAAUGACCUAUAUCGACCUUAUCCUGCAGAAACAACUCUUUUGCAAGCACACCAGGUAGGAGAAGUACUUACAGCCCAAUACCGAUCCAAUGAUGGUUCCCCGCACCGAUUCCAUGGAGGCCGAUCGCACUCGUCACCAAAACAUUUACAUAGUCUAGUAGAUGUGCCAAAAAAUCAGUCCUUUUUCAAUGGCCAGAGCAACAAUUGCAAUGAAGCAGUAGAAAUUGGAUGCUCUAAUGCGAAGAUAUCUCAGAGGCACCAUCAACAAACCCAUCGUCAUGCCGUGGCAGAACGCGAACACGACAAAUUAGAUGAAAUAACUAUCGAGAUGGUCUUUGCUCAAAAAGGCCAGUCGUCACGACAACCUCAGAAUUUUGGCACUAUACAAGAUAACGAUGGAUUACAGAUAGGUGGUAUUAAGAGUCAGAGUCUCAGAAAGGAAAGAAAAACUGGGAGACGAACUGUUUACAAAAUCACAACUAAAAAUGCUGUUGGCGUAGCAACUGACGUCAAUCGAUCCCAAAGAGAAAGACCAUCUUUAGGAGAGCACAAAAUCAAAAUUCCAAGCCAGAAAAAAGAGGUUUACCCCGAAUGUGAUUUUGAAGCAGUCAGUCACCCAGUCACUAAAGCAAAGGCAUUGCCUGUGCAUCUACGUGAAGAAGAUUGCCUAACACCGCACAUCAAUCGAGGAACAUUCCAAGAUGAGCAGGCAAAGGAACGAGAAAUGCCAAUGAAUGGCAGUCCUUCAAAUUGCCACACUUUACAAGCGCCGGCAAAAAAUUGGGCAACCAAACAAAGAGAAAAGCCAGGAAAAACUGUGAUGUUACUUGCUAAGCUGCUUGGAGAGGGAAAAGCCGCCUGA